UGCCGGAGGAUGCUGGUUAAAUUCCCCCGCCAGAAACAAACAUUCAUGCUAUUCUGAUUAAAACCACCUGUUGUCUGCUUCCUCCAGACUGUACCGGCUGCACAGUUAGCUGUUAGCUGUCAGUCACUGGCAGCAGCGCAGGGCCGGUGUCAUGUCAAACUCUGCUCCCUCGUCGAUUAGUGUCUCCGCUCACACUGACCCGUUCACAAACCAGAAUCAAACGUGACGUUACCGACGGAGUCAGCGCUGCAGGGGACACUUUCUGCACUGGACACACACUCAAACACACUCCGGUGUUAUGAAGCAUACUGUACCGCUAGUAGCCUUUAAGCUAGCUGUGCUCGGUCCGUGCUCUCUUCCCCUUGUUGUGUAACUGUAAUAAUCGAUAAUCUGACUUGACUCGGAGAGAAACAGGACGACACAUCUGAAGUAUUCUGCUUAUCUGGUGACUGCAGGUAGCGACUAGCGGCAUGGUAAUGCUAGCUAUCCGAGGCAGCUAGUUAACGUUAGCCAGGAUGGGUGCAACGGUCUUCGUGCAGCCGUUGGACCUGGUGAAGAACCGGAUGCAGCUGAGCGGUCAGGGCACGAAGGCUCGCGAGUACAAAACCAGCUUCCAUGCUCUGUUCUCCAUCCUGAAGAAUGAAGGAGUCAGAGGCAUCUACACCGGUCUGUCGGCAGGUCUGUUGCGUCAGGCGACGUACACGACGACCCGUCUGGGCAUCUACACCAUCCUGUUUGAGAAGAUGACCAGUGCUGACGGGCGGCCGCCAAACUUCCUCCUCAAGGCUCUGAUCGGUAUGACAGCCGGAGCCACAGGAGCGUUCGUCGGGACGCCAGCAGAGGUGGCGCUGAUCCGGAUGACGGCCGACGGACGGAUGCCUGCAGACCAGAGGAGAGGCUACACCAACGUCUUCAACGCUCUGGCCCGGAUCACCAGAGAAGAAGGCAUCACCACGCUGUGGAGGGGGUGUGUUCCCACCAUGGCUCGAGCGGUGGUGGUUAACGCAGCUCAGCUGGCCUCCUACUCUCAGUCCAAACAGGCGCUGCUCGACUCAGGUUAUUUCGGGGACGAUAUUCUGUGUCAUUUCUGUGCUAGCAUGAUUAGCGGUCUGGUUACCACGGCAGCAUCGAUGCCCGUGGACAUUGUGAAGACCAGGAUUCAGAACAUGAAGAUGAUCGACGGGAAGCCGGAGUACAAGAACGGUCUGGAGGUGUUGAUGCGAGUCAUUCGCUCUGAAGGUUUCUUCUCUCUGUGGAAAGGCUUCACUCCGUACUACGCCCGCCUCGGCCCCCACACCGUGCUCACCUUCAUCUUCCUGGAGCAGAUGAACAAGUCGUACAAGACCUACAUCCUCGACCGCUAACACACACACGCACACACACACACGCACACACACACACGCACACACACAGUGUUUUGGAUGAACCACAGUGAACUGCAGUCUUUUGUAAAGAAUGGUGGAUACAUGAAGUCCGAUCAUCAUGUAGUGAUGUUAACGUCAAUAACUCGUAAUAAUGAGUCUUAUUUGUAGAAUUAUGCCCCUCCCCCCGACCUGACGGCACACUGCAUCAUGGGAGAAACUGAAUAAAGUGUUUGAUCCUCA